CUCAUUUUAGAAUUUGAAACUUUUUUUGAAACCUUUUUUUAAAUUUGGAAGUGAAAGAAAACUUGAUAUUUACACCUAGAAUGUGUCAGGAGUUGUCUUGUGUUCUCAGGAGGAUGGAUGCACUAUCGUUUUGGUUUUAUAGUGAAGAUUAAAGUUGGCAAAGAGGAUUUUCGAAUGUAAACAUCCAUCAUGGCCGCCCUGCUGGCACACAGACACAGGCUGGACAAAGCUCUGCUGCUGCUGCCCUGUCUGCUCCUCCAUCACCAGGUGCGGGGGUCGCUGUUGGAGAGUCUGAUCACCAAAAGGACUGAGUACAAGGAGAACUGCAGCAAGACUCUGGCUCUGACCGCGCUCUCACAGUCGGGAGUUUUCUGUAACGGGAGCUUCGACUUGUUCGCCUGUUGGCCUCACUCUGCUCCUGGGAACGUGUCCAUCCUCUGCCCCUCCUACUUACCAUGGAUACAGCAAGACAGUCCAAGGCGGGCUCACAGGGAGUGUCUGGAGAAUGGACUGUGGAGGCUGAAGGACAACUCCUCAGACGUGUGGAGGGAAGACUCCGAGUGUCAGGAGCAUCACUACUUCAGAGAAAAAGAGGAGCAGCUGUUACGUCAGAGCGCCCUCAGACUCAUCUCUGUGAUCGGGUACUCCCUGUCACUCUGCUCCCUGUCUCUGGCCACCCUGCUCAUGGGCAUGCUCAGAAAGCUCCAUUGCACCAGGAACUACAUCCACAUGAACCUGUUUGUGUCGUUCAUCUUGAGGGCCGCCGCAGUCAUCUGCAAAGAGCUGGUCCUGCACUUCAUGUACAGCCAUCUGCCCACGGACGACCAGGGCUGGAGCGCCUACGCUAGCUCCACGAUCUCGGUGCUGUGCAAAGCGGCGCGGGUGUGCAUGGAGUACUGUGUGUUCUGUAACUACCUGUGGCUGCUGGUGGAGGCCAUGUUUUUGCACACACUGCUCUUCUCCGCAGUGCUGACGAAGAAGAGGCUGCUCAAGUCCUACAUGGUGCUCGGAUGGGCGACUCCUAUCCUGUUUGUGACUCCAUGGACGGUGCUUAAGAUUUUAUAUGAAAACACAGAAUGCUGGUCCAUUGUGAACAGGUGGUUCUGGUGGAUCAUUCGAGGCCCCAUCACACUGUCUGUGCUUAUCAUUUUCUUCAUCUUCAUCAAGAUCCUGAUGCUGCUGCUGUCCAAGCUGAAGGCAGACCAGGUCACCUUCUCCGACUACAGAUACAGCCUGGCUCGGGCCACUCUCGUGCUGGUGCCUCUGCUGGGCAUCCAUGAGGUGGUCUUCACUGUGCUGGUGGACGAGUGUGUGGAGGGCUCCAGCAGAUACGCUCGCAACUUCAUCAACCUCACACUCAGCUCCUUCCAGGGUUUCCUGGUGGCAGUGCUCUACUGUUUUGCCAAUGGAGAGGUUCAGGCGGAGCUAAAGAAGCGCUGGCAGCUGUUCCUGUUCACCCACCACUUCACCGUGCGGAGCUGCUUCAGGGGCACCCCGCUCAAGCAGCUCUGGAAGAGCACCCGUGGGCGACGACCCCAGUGCGCCGUCCACAGCGAGUCCUACGAAGAGGGUGGGGCUUCCGGGAGGUCGCGCCCCCCGCUACUCCCGGUGGUGCUGAAGAGCACCGUGCCCGGGUCCUGCUCCAGGGCGCAGGGCGGACAGGAGGGGCUGACCAGAAAGAGUCUGUCCAGCAGCGACGGGGACAUGACGAUGGGCGAGACCAUGGAGGAGGUGCUGGAGGAGAGCCAGUUCUGACAACACACAAACUGUAUGUAAUGUUGAAUCUGAAAGUGCGACUAAACACCUAAACUGCGCCUAUAACCACAUUUCAAACAGAGCUGCUAAACUGGGCCGUACCUGGAGGACUAAAGGGGAGAGUGAGAGACGAGGAGGGGCGGGGUCUGGGGGCAUAAGGAACAGUGUGAUUGGUCUAACAGGAAUCCACACUUCAAACUCUGACCCUGCAGCCAGGUGUUUCUGAUUACAAACACCUGUAAUCAGGGCUAUCAUUUGUGAUGCCACCAACUACUGGAAACUGCAGAGGCCACUGAAGCAACACAAACUGAAAAUUUACUCUAAGGUUACCAAAAAUUACUAGGAACAGCAGAGAAUACUAUUUAAACACCAUCAAGACAGUUUAGU